AGAUUAUUGUCAAGCUUAUCGCCGAUAUCCUCGUCUCAUCUGUAUAAUACGACGAACACCACCACGACCACCACAUCCAAUUCCAAUUCGACGUCAACAAAUUCCUCCUCCAAUAAUCCCAAUCGAUCAACAUCGAUCAUCCCUUUAAGCGGAUCAGCUGCACCACGCAAUAUCGCAUCUACGCUAAACGUCUUAUCGUCGAAUAGCACCGACCCGCUUAAUCGACAACGUGAUAAUAAUAGUAUCAGUACCACUAGCAGUAACGCUAUGUUACUUGAUCCUAUCCAACGAACACCAUUGCCUCCAACGUCAGUUGAUCGAGCAAUGAUGAACGUGGUACUUUCCCAGCCGUUAGGUGCACAUCAUGCCACAAUAAUCGAUGAUACCUGCAGUCCACCUGUAUCGAGUGGAAGAUCGUCAAUAGUACGUGAUACUCCCCCGCCAGCUGCAGCUGCGUUGUCCUCUUCGAAAUGUGAUCAACCGUCAAAUUUGGAAAUAUUGGCUUCAUCUGCCACCAUUGUCCCACUGCCAUCUAACAUGGGCACUCUGAUUGGUUCAUCGCUCGUUAAGGUGUUUAUUACUGCAUUCACCUUAGUCAACAAUUUGUAA